AAAGGGGGCUUCCAGAUUUUGAUAAGCCCCACACACGCAGACCCCCACAACCAUCGGCCAGGGUUGUGGGGAAGAGGCCCUUGUCCCCAUCAACAUGGGGACAAGGUGCUUUGCGGGGGGGAGCCCCCCUGCCCCGAAGCGCCUCCCCAUGUUGAGGACAUGUGGCCUGGUAUGGUUCAGGAGGGGGGGGCGCUCGCUCGCACCCCCCCCCCUUUCCUGACUUGCCAGGCUGCAUGCUCGGAUAAGGGUCUGGUAUGGAUUUUGGGGGAACCCCACGCUGUGUUUUUUUUUUUUCCCUUAAUAACCAUACCAGACCCCAAGGGCUUGGUAUGGAUGGGAGGG